GAGAAGGGGGAAUACCGACGGAGAUUCACGCAGGGGGAAGCGGAGAAGGUGUACGCUAUCCAAGCACACACGUACACAUUCCUUUUUUCCUUCUUUAAUAGCAUAUAUAUACAGCACGAUAAGCACUUGCCUAUUCGACACGUCUUCUUCCGAACUCAGUAACGUUCAACUCAGAGUGCUGUGCUGUUAUUUCACAGCGGAUUCACUGACGCAUUCAUUUCUGGGUUUCGCUCGUGAUACACACACACACACACACAUAGACACACGUACAUACACGCGCACACGCAGCUUUUCCUCACCACUACUCUUUAUAUCGUUGCAUAGUGACAACGUUCUACUCUGAUCCCACUUGAACCAACGUGUAUAAUGUGUUUCUCCCUUGUUAAAUACAUCACACUCUAGUAUUGUUGCUUUCAGUAGCUUUCCUUUUUUUCCAUCUCAGCUUCUCCGCUUCUCGCCUGUUGGGUCUCUUCCUGCCCCAAGCACCAUCGUGGACUUCGCGGAGAGAGUUGCAAGCACACAGAAGGAGAAAACGUGGCGCACCUUUAAUUGACUAGGGUAGCCACAGACGAGCUGUCGCCAUACUCGGAGAUGAGUAGCAGCAAUGUGCCGGGCUACGAAGCAGCAAUGGGUGAAUUGGGGGAGACGAGCCCCAUGCUGCCCAACAAAACCCGCACUCGUAUGUCCUACUCCCAUGCCGCGUACCGCUCCGAUGACUCGCUGCGGUCAAACAGCAACGAACUCCGUCGUGCGCACAGUGUGCCCGUGCUCACUCGCCGUGACUUACGCAUGCUCUCCCUCUCGCCCAUGUUCUACAACAAACUUUACAUGACUGAAGGCGGCAGCAUGGUCUCAAGCGCCUUCAACCUCGCCUCUGCCACCUGCGGCGCCGGUGUGUUGGCGCUGCCCUACGCGAUGCAGCAUUGCGGCACCCUCACCGGCACCCUCACGUUGCUCGUCGUCUGCACCCUGACCAUCUACAGCGUGUUCCUGUUGACAAAGGUGAGCGCUCUGACCAAGUUAAUGACCUACGAGGAGCUCGCCAUGGAUCUUGUAGGCCCCAUCGCGGAGAAGCUGACGGCCCUCGUAAUUGUCGUCUUCUGCUGGGGUGUGGCGGUGAUGUACGUGGUGGUGAUGGGCGACUUUGUAGUGCCGCUGAUUCACGCGGCGGGCUUAUCCCACAUCAUUGGCCGGCGCUUCGCCAUGCUGAUCUUCUGGGCCUUCAUUAUGUUUCCGUUGUCCCUGGCGCGCAAGAUCAACACGCUGCGCUACGCGUCGAUUGUCGGCACAGUGUCCACCUUGUUGCUCGCGGGUGGCCUUAUCGUGCGCUUCGCUGAGGAGGUGUUGGAGAACGAGCACCCGAGCCGAGUGGCGAGCAUCGUGGACGAGGCAGCCAAGGCAAACCUUACCCGGUGGGACGCCGGCACGCUCGGCGCAUUGGCCACAUUUGUCUUUAGCUACUGCUGCCAGCCGGUUGCACCAAAGAUCUACGAGGAGCUGCAGGACCGCUCCGUGCAGCGCAUGUGCUUGUGCGCCUUCUGGUCUAUGUCCACCUGCACCCUCGUAUACAUCACCACGGGCGUCUUCGGCGCGAUGAGUUUUGGCGGGGCGAUCAACCCAAAUGUACUGGUGAACUUCGCCGACCACCUCAGCUCGCCGACUGCGCAGGUGGCCUAUCUCGGCAUGGUAGUGGCGGUGACCAUGGCGUUUCCCAUGACCAUCUUCCCCACACGUGAUUCCGUGGUGAUGGCGCUCGGCUACCGCGCUGAUGAGAAUCCCGUGCCGGACUGGCUCUCGAGCACGAUUGCCGGUCUUCUGGCGCUGCUGGCGCUUCUCAUUGGUCUCGCCGUGCCGAACAUCCGCGUCCUCUUUGAUCUGCUCGGCGGGGUCUGCGGCGGGUCGCUUUCCUUCGUGUUGCCGGCGCUAUUCGCGCUGCGCUCUGGUUACUGGUCACUGGAAGCGAUGGGCUGGCGGCACCUCACGCUGACCUGGGCGACGCUGAUCUUCGGCGUGCUUGUGUGCUCCGUUGGCACUUACAACUCGAUCGAGUCUAACUUCUUUUAG